AUGUCAACCCCACGCUUCACCAACAAACUCCACAACCAACGCAUCCUCCUGGUAGGCGGAACCGGCGGCGUUGGCAUCAGCGUGGCCCAAGCCCUGAUCGAAUACGGCGCCACCGUCAUCCUCUCCUCAUCACGAGAAUCCAAACUCACUCAAGUCAUCACCUCCCUCAAGACCGAUUACCCGGACGCAUCAGACCGAAUCUCGGGCUAUGCAUGCGACCUCUCCAGUCCCCAAGUCGAAGAGAACAUCCAACUCCUCUUCCACAAAAUCCGCGAUCCUAUUGAUCAUAUCAUCUACAUGGCCGGCGACCGCUUACCCACCAUCCCACUAGAUGAAAUAACAUUGGACAAAUGGCAGAAAUGUAACCAAGUUCGCACAAUAGCUGCGAUUUUAGUGGUCAAGAUUGGAAGUCGGUAUUUGAAGAAACAGGCGACUUCGUCAAUUACAUUGACCGGGGGAUCAAUUUCAGAGAAACCGAUUGCAGGCGGGUGGGCGAUGUUGGCGUUGAUUGGGGCCGGGUUGAAUGGGUUGGCGAGACAGUUGGCCUUUGAUCUGGCUCCGAUUAGGGUUAAUUGUGUGGCGCCGGGGGUGAUAGAUACGGAUCUGUGGAGGGGGAUGAAGGAGGAGGUGAGGGGAGAGUUUUUCAAGGGGUUGAGAGAGACGAAUCCAACGGGGAUGGUGGGCAAGCCGGAGGAUUUGGCGGAGGCGUAUUUGUAUUGUUUGAGGGAUUGUAAUGCAACCGGGAUGGUUGUUCAUUCGAAUAGUGGGGUGUUUUUGGUGUAG